CGAAGGCAAAGGCACAGGAGGGGAGGCGAGCUGGAGAGUCCCGCCGUCCCCGUAGCACUGGGGUCUGCAGAGGGUCAGGGGGAGAAGGGCCCCUGAAACAGUCCCCUCCCCAGCCUGGACGGGGGAGCAGAGAUGAGGCUGGGGGGCUGAACCAGGGACCGAAGGGCGCCAUUUACAGAGGAGAACCUCAGCUGGUGUACAUGGACAUAGCUUCUCUGAAGACAGUGGAGCUGCAGCUGCACCCAUUUACAUUGGGUGAGGAUCUCACUCUUGAUUUCUUAUUAUGUUUACUUGGUAUGUCCCUUUUCUUUCUUUAAGUCUCCCUUGGCCUUUUCCUAUUAGAAACACAAUAAUUAACUAUGGAAGCACUGUCAUGGAUGUGGGCAGUGGUUAAGUAUCCAAAAUUAUAGCAGUAAAGUCAGGUUUGCAGUUUUGUUUAUAUUCAUUAAUAUUUUGUUGAAUUACAUUUUUGAAUUACUAAUUGAAAUACAUACACAAACAAUCAGUUAUAGGCUAACUGAACAACACUAUAAUAAUACAUUCUGCCAUGACAAAAUUGAAGAUCUAUUAAUGUCAUGCUUGAACAUGCCCAGAUAUCAUGCUUAAAGCUGUAACAUGAGUAUAUGAAAUAUUUUAGUACUGAAUAAGGGAUUGUAACAACAAAACAGAAAAUGGGGAAAGUUAGCAUCAUUCUUCUCCCACCCCUGUCGCUACUUCGUUGCAUGCAAACACAGACAAAGAGAAGAUGAGAUCAGAGUUACCUCAGAUGACCUCUUAUUUGCUAUAUGGAUUUAAGAUUAAUUUUCAAAAGAGGUGGUAGUCCUUCAUUUUGUCACUUAACACAGAGGAAACCUUUGCUUUGCCUAUAUCAAGUAGCAUAUUAACCUACUCCAUUUCAUGAACAUAAAUAUUUGUAUUGCCUGUGUUCUCAAGAGUCAUCUCUUUCUCCAUUUGUGACUGUACUGAAUUAAGUCCCCAAAAAGGUAAGGGUGAAUAUAGUCCAUUAAAUAUCCUCCUUGAGACAACAUCCCUAGCUGGGAUUACCACCAGGUUGUGUGGACUAAUGUUGCAUUAUGUGCAUUACACCUCUGACAUCUAUUAUCUGGCAAAAUGCUUAUACCAUGUAACCCGGUGGGGAUCCAGCAGGCUCCGUAGUCCAGAAGCCCUUUUCACACCUGGACAUUCCUUUAUGUGUAAUUAUUAGAGUAUGUAGGUGGGUGAUUGUGCUCACAAGACAGAUAGUCAGACAUGUCCUUAUUUACACCCACAAAUAAUUAUGGGUGGAAAAAAAUCGAGGCUGUUUUUUAAAAACAUUUAAAAAAUCAUGUUUGUAUAAUGUAAGCAAUAGGAGUUGCUGGGUGCUUAGUACUUCAGGGUACGUCUACAGUACAAAAUUAUUUCGAAAUUAUUCUAUUUGAAUUUUUGGAAGUGAUUUUAUACAUUUGGUCUUGUGUGUACCCACUAAAGCACGUGAAUUCAGCGGAGUGCAUCCACAGUACUGAGGCUAGCAUCAAAUGUUAGAGUGGUGCACUGUGGGUAGCUAUCCGACAGUUCCCACAGUCCCUGCCACCCAUUGAAAUUCUGGAUUAAGCUCUCAGUGCAUGAUGGGGCAAAAACAUUCUCGCGGGUGUUUCUGGGUGUGUGUCGUCAGUCGCUUCUCUCUCUGUGAAAGCUACGGCAGACAAUUGUUUCACGCCUUUUUGGCGUGCAGAUGCCAUACUGCUUUCAGCAGACGGUGCAGUAUGGUGCACCACUUCUCUCCUGGUGCUAUGAAUCCACCUCGUAUUUCCUCUCCUCUUUCUAUGUAAUCUCUAUAAGUAUCUACUCUUUCUCUUCCUCAUCGACCGCUUCUGCCGCCAACUCUGCUUGGCCAUCGUGAACCGAGCAGCACAGCUCCCGCCGCCAACUCUGCUCUCCUGCUCUUGCCGUGCUACUGUGCUUCUCCAUGUUGUCUGUCCUGGGCUCCCGCCUCCGUGAAAGUUACAGAAGACAACCAUUUCAUGCUUUUUUUCGGCUAUUGUGAACCGAACAGCACCUCUUCUGCUGCCUCUCUGCUCUCCUAUGUUUCGCACCCUUUUUCCAGGAUUACCCAUGCAGGCGCCAUAGCGCGGCAAGCAUGGAGCUCGCUCAGAUCUCUGCUGAAGUUUUAACUAUUGUAAAUACCUCGUGCAUUGUGCAGCAGUAUGUGCAAUGCCUGCAAAACCGGGUGAAGAAGCGACAACAGUGCGAUCGCUAUACUGAUGAGGACAUGGACACAGAUGUUCCUAGAAGCACGGCAUGUGGCGAUUGGGAGAUCAUGGUGGUGUUGGGCCAGGUUCAUGCUGUGGAACGCCGAUUCUGGGCCCGGGAAACAAGCACAGAUUGGUGGGACUGCAUGGUGUUGCAGGUAUGGGAUGAUUCCCAGUGGCUGCAAAACUGUGGUAUGUGUAGGGCCACUUCCAUGGAACUUUGUGACUUGCUGUCCCCUGCCCUGAAGUGCAAAGACACCAAAAUGAGAGCAGCCCUCACAGUUGAGAAGCGAGUGGCCAUAGCCUUGUGGAAGCUUGCAACGCCCGACAGCUACCGGUCAUUUGGGAAUCAGUUUGGAGUGGGCAAAUCUACUGUGGGGGCUGCUGUGCUGCAAGUAGCCAACGCAAUCAUUGACCAGCUGCUAUCAAGGGUAGUGACUUUGGGAAAUGUGCAGACCAUUGUGGAUGGCUUUAAUGCGUUGGGGUUACCUAACUGCGGCGUGGCGAUAGAGGGAACUCAUAUCCUUAUCUUGGCCCCGGAAUACAAGGGCGGCCAGUACGUAAACCACAAGGGUACUUUUCCAUGGUGCUGCAAGCACUAGUGGAUCACAAGGGACGGUUCACUGACAUCAGCGUGGGAUGACCAGGAAAGGUCUUCAGGAACUCUGGUCUAUUUGAACAGCUGCAGGAAGGGACUUACUUCCCAGAUCAGAAAAUUACUAUUGGGGAUGUUGAAAUGCCUAUAGUUAUCCUCAGGGACCCAGCCUACCCCUUAAUGCCAUGGCUCAUGAAGCCGUACACAGGCACCUUGGACAGCAGUAAGGAGCAGUUCAACUAUAGGCUGAGCAAGUGCAGAAUGGUGGUAGAAUGUGCUUUUGGACAUUUGAAAGCUCGCUGACGCAGUUUAUUGACUUGGUUAGAUCUCAGCACAACCAGUAUUCCAAUUGUAAUUGCUGCUUGAUGUGUGCUCCACAAUAUCUGUGAGAGUAAGGGGGAGAUGUUUAUGGCAGGGUGGAAGGUUGAGGCAACUUGCCUGGCAGCCAAUUUUGCACAGCCAAACAACAGGGUGAUUAGAAGAGUGCAGCAGGGCGAGCUGCGCAUCAGAGAAGCUUUGAAAGCCAGUUUCAUGAUUGGCCAGGGUAUGGUGUGACAGUUGUGUUCGUUUCUCUUGAAGUUACCCGCCCCUAUAUAUAUGAAAGGA